AUGGAUCCUCAGACGAUGCAGGCGACGAUGGACGCCAUGCGCCGCAUGAACCCCGAGCAGAGGCAGAGCAUGAUGGCCACCAUGCGCAACAUGGACCCUGCCAUGAUGCAGGCGGCCAUGAGUCAGAUGAACAACAUGAGCUCCUCGGACUGGGAGGCGGCCAGGCGGCAGAUGGCGGGGAUGGACGCCGCCACCAUGGCGCGGCAGGCGGAGGCGGCGAGCGCGCAGUUUGCGGCGCAGAAGCAGUACGUCAUCAACGGCAGCAAGGCGCUGAAGGACGAGGGGAACCGGCUCAUCGCGGCCGGCAACCAUGCGGAGGCAGCCGCCAAGUACGAGCGCGCCAAGUCAAACCUGAAGGACCUGGCGGGGUCAAAUCCUGAGGCCCGGGACCUGCGCCGGGCGUGCGUGCUGAACCUGAGCGUCUGUCUGCUGCGGCUGGGCCGCUAUGAGGCGUGCGCGGAGGAGUGCGGCGCGGUCCUGCAGGACGACCCGUGCAACCUCAAGGCGCUGUACCGCCGCGGCCAGGCGUACCUCGAGCUCGGCCGGCUGCCCGAUGCCGUGUCCGAUUUGGAGGGCGCGCUGCGCCUCGCGGGCAGCGACCCCGCGCAGCAGCAGCCGAUCAGGGAGAAGCUCGAGGUAGCCAGGAAGAAGCUGGCCGCGCAGCCUCCGCGCGGCGAGGGCGCGGGUGCGGGCAAGGGCGCUCCGGCGGUGGCGGCGGGGCCGGCGGGGGCGGAUGACGAGGACGGCAAGGUGGAAGAGGAAGAGGUGGAGGAGAUCUUCACGCCGGCCGCGGCGCGCGACGAGGCGCGGCGGCGCGAGCAGCGCGAGCAGGAGCGGCAGCGGGAGCAGGAGCAGGAGCGGGAGCGGGAGCGGGAGCGGGAGCGGGAGCGGCAGCGGGAGCGCGAGCGGCGCGAGGCGGCGGCCGCGCCGGCGGCGGCGGCCGCGAACGGGCUGAGUGGAGACAUGCAGCAAAUGGCCGCGAAGAUGAUGGCCGACAACCCAGAGAUGCUCAAGAUGGCGGCGGAGAUGAUGGCAAACAUGCCGGCCGACCAGGUUGCCUCCAUGGCGGCCGCCGCGGCGCCCGGCAUGACCCCGGAGAUGGCGCGCGCCGCGGCGGAGCAGAUGCGCCGCAUGUCGCCGGCCGAGCUCAAGAACGCGGCGAGCGUGGCCGCGGCCGCCGCGGGCGGCGCCGGCGGCGCGGCGGCAGCGGCGGCGUUCCCUGCGGCGGCGGCAGCGUCCGGCGGCAGCGGCAGCGGUACCAGACAUGAUUGA